AUUGACAGUUAACGGUAUAAGUUAACCUCUACUCCUCUACUUGCAUUUGUUGAUUUGUUAUUAUUUUACCAAUGAAUUUUACUUAUAUCUUAUUUGUGGAAGCAGAAUUCCAAUAACUAAGCAAGCAAAUUGGUGAAAAUAUGAUCAAAUACAUCAAGAUGGGCAAGAUAUGACAAAAAAAUGCAGCUAAGCUAUUAUAGAUGCAACAUAAUAUUGGAUUGUUCAUAGUGUCAUUUUCACGAAGGCUCUAUUCUAUUUUUUAGAGCAAAAAUGGGAAUAUCAUUAUUAUUAUCAUUAAGUUAAAGAUAGUCUUUACCAUGGAAGGGAGCAAUCAGAUGAUACAAAUCAAAAAGGAAACUGAUGGUAGUGAACAAGAGAACAAUGAAAUUCUUAUCAAAGUUGAGCCUGAAUAUGUAUUCUCUAGAUAUUACAAUGAGGAUGGUGGAAGGACAUACAAUAGGAGAUUCAAGGAAGAUGAAGAUUCAGCCACAGGGGAAAUAGAUGACAGAGAUAAUAAAUCAAAUAUUGAUGAUGUAUCUAUAAAAACAGAAGAUAAUGAUAGUAGUAGUAAUACAGAUGAUAAUGUAAAUAAUGAGGUAAAUGACCAAGCUGAAUGUAGUGGCAAGUUUGAAGAACAAAUAGUAGCAUGGGAUAACAAGAAAGAAGAAUAUGUUUACAUCAACCCUGCUUCUGCUUCUAAGCUAUUUAUAUCAAAACCUAGAAAACCAUCCAAAAGUAAACUAGCAGGAAAGGAUAAGUUUUACUGUAAUGUUAAGGGUUGUACCUUUUCUACUAGUCGUAAAUCUCAUAUGUUGAGACAUGAAGCAGUGCAUGCAAGAGAAGCAAAAAGAAGCUUUUCCACUGGUCUAAGGUCUGAUUUCUGGUUUUCUAUGCAAGACUGUUUACACAAAUUGGGAGCCUGGCUUAAGGUCAAAAGUCCGACAUAUCUCUCUGAUAAAGGAUAUUAUGACGAAUAACUACUACUGCACUGUACAAGCAUUAGACAAAGUCAGUUGACGUUGGCUAAUCUUGCUCAGUGGAAUCGAGGAAACAGGGCCGUUACUGCAGAUGAACUAUGCC